UCCCAUCCACUGUACCGGAGCUCCACCACGUCCUCCGGUAAGAAACAGAUGAAAGACAGCGACGACGAGGGCGCCGGCGAUGGCGUCAACCGCCCGCACACGUCCAACAACCUUCCACUGCCGGCUCCACACUCCGACCCGAACCUCCAGUUCUCGGGUGGGACGGACGAUGAGUCCUCGAACCGGGACAGCAGCUCCUCUGCCACCGGCGGCGCGAGCCCGGGGUACUACUCCGACUACCCGUCCAGCUUCAGCGGCGAGUGCUCGCCGUACAACAUGUCCCCCUGGAACCAGACCAUGGCGUCUCCCUGGUCGCACCACAGCGAGCCCGCCGGGCUCGGAGGCGGCCCGCCCACGAUGGCGCCGGGGACGAGCCUCAUCAGCUCGCUGGUGAGGGAGGAAGGCCACAUCUACUCGCUCGCCGCCAAGGGCGACACGCUGUACACCGGCUCGGACAGCAAGAACAUCCGCGUCUGGCGCAAGCAGAAGGACUCGGGAGGGUUCAAGUCCUCGAGCGGCCUCGUGAAGGCGAUCGUCAUGUCCGGCGAGCGCAUCUUCACGGGCCACCAGGACGGCAAGAUCAGGGUGUGGAAGGUGUCGGCCAAGAACGGCAUGCACAAGCGCGUCGGCAGCCUGCCCCGCCUGCGCGACUUCCUGCGCGGCUCGCUCAACCCGUCCAACUACGUGGAGGUGCGCAAGAACCGGUCGGCGCUGUGGAUCCGGCACAGCGACGCCGUGUCGUGCCUGAGCCCGACGGACCCGGCGCAGGGGCUGCUCUACUCCGGGUCGUGGGACCGCACCUUCAAGGUGUGGCGCAUCAGCGACUCCAAGUGCCUCGAGUCGGUGGUGGCGCACGACGACAACGUCAACUCCGUCGUGGCGGCGUUCGACGGGCUGGUGUUCACGGGCUCGGCCGACGGCACGGUCAAGGUGUGGCGGCGCGAGCAGCAGGGGAAGGGCACCAAGCACACGGCCGUGCAGACGCUGCUGAAGCAGGAGCACGCGGUGAACGCGCUCGCCGUGAGCGCCGUCGCGCCCGUGCUCUACUGCGGCUCCUCCGACGGCCUGGUCAACUUCUGGGAGGGCGACCGCCACCUCGUCCACGGCGGCGUCAUGCGCGGCCACAAGAAGGCCGUGUUCUGCCUCGCAGCGGCCGGCGCGCUACUGCUCAGCGGCUCCGCCGACAACACCAUCUUCGUGUGGCGCCGCGACUGCGGGGUGCACUCGUGCCUCUCGGUCCUCACGGGCCACACCGAGCCCAUCAGGUGCAUCGCCGUCGUCGAGGACAACGGCGAGAACAGCAGCGAGUCCAACGCCGGUGACUCUGCUGGCGGAGGGGGGUCGUCGGCGUCGCGGUGGAUCGUGUACACCGGCAGCCUCGACAAGUCGAUCAAGGUGUGGCGCGUGACCGACGAGGCGCCGGACCCGCUGUUCCACGGCUCCGGCGAUGCGCCCCAGAUAUUCGACCGGUAUCCCGGCGACGCCUUCGGGGCCAGUGGCUCGACGACGUCGUUCCGCUAAGACGAUUUGUCUGAUCGAUCACUUGCAGCGAAAUUACACGUCGUCUCACUUCACAAGAAAACGUCUUGGGAGGACUAAAUUAUACUCUAAAUACAUAUACAUAUACCACGUCCAUAUAUACACUGUUGGAAAUGGCUGAAAUUGUAAGGUAUAAAAAUUUAUGAUCUAUAGCUUGUGCUGGGCACAACCGCACGAGCUAUGUAGUUUGGUUACCUUUUAAAUUUGUGAGUUGUGACAGAGAUGGCGAAUUUAGUUAGGUAUACGUUUGCUUUUUGCAACUUUGCAUUGCUAUAUGGCAAAUUUUGAAGCAUACUUAUCUGUUGUACUAGCUGAAAAUGAAUUCGUUUUGUGUUAACAAUGUAUUCAAUAAAUAUCUCGAUUUUAACC